GUAGCAUGUUGCAACAGCCGUUUGGCCAGCAACAAUGAAUACUCAAAUACCUAUUGCGAUAUAACAUCAGGGCAACAACAACAAUCGCAAUCGCAUUCUCAUAUGAAUUUCCAUAUGGCAAAUCAAAUUCCUCACGUUGUUACUAGCAACUCGACGAUUGUUCAGCAACAGUCGACACUUGCCGCAACUCAAGGAAUGCAAAUCUCCCAACUCAGUGCACUAAUUAAUCAAGAAGAUGGCAAUAAUGGCUCGAAUGUUGAUACUGAUAAUUUAAGUUCAUCCCAAGUUCGAAUUUAUCGUGAUCCAGCAACUGCACCAUUACGAAAAUUAAGUGUUGAUUUAAUCAAAACGUAUAAAGGUAUUAAUGAGGAACUGCUUCCUCGCUCUGGCAUUUAUAAUGAUGGGUAUGAUGAUGAAGAACACGAUUAUAUUAUUCAUUUGGGUGAGAUUAUAGCUAACAGAUAUCAAAUUCAACGCCAUUUGGGGAAAGGUUCUUUCGGGCAAGUGGCAAAAGCAUAUGAUAAAUUAGAAAAACAAGAUGUGGCAAUAAAAAUAAUCAAGAACAAAAAACCUUUUCACGAUCAAGCUGAGAUUGAGAUUAAAUUAUUAGAAAUGGUCAACAGCCAUCAUUCGGAUUUCAGACAUUAUGUUGUUAAUCUUAAGACUCAUUUCAUUUGGCAUAAUCACUUAUGUCUUGUUUUUGAACUGUUAUCCUACAAUUUGUAUGAAUUGGUAAAAAAUUCCAAUUAUCGUGGUGUAUCGUUGCAUCUAACUAGAAAGUUUGGUUAUCAGAUAGUAACAGCCCUGGCAUUUCUCUCCUCGCCAAAUCUGAAAAUAAUUCAUUGCGAUCUUAAACCAGAAAAUGUAUUACUCUGCAACCCUAAACGAUCUGCAAUAAAGAUUAUCGAUUUUGGUUCAUCAUGUCAAGUUGGUAAUCGUAUUUACCAGUAUAUUCAGUCAAGGUUUUAUCGUUCACCGGAGAUCUUACUUGGUCUUCCUUAUGAUGCAGCUAUCGAUAUGUGGUCGCUCGGUUGUAUAUUAGUCGAAUUGCACACUGGUGAAGCACUUUUCACUGGUAGUAAUGAAUUUGAUCAACUUAUGCGAAUAAUUGAAGUAAUUGGUAUGCCACCUAAGCACAUGUUAGAUAUGGCUAGCAAGACAAAAAAAUAUUUUUAUAAAAAUGAUGAUGGGUCAUAUAUGUGCCAGAGAACAUGUGGUAAACAGUACAGGCAGCCAGGAAGUAGGAGUCUUUCAGAAAUUAUAGGUGUCGAUUCAGGUGGCCCAAGUGGGCGUCGUCUUGGCGAAUGUGGUCACACACCUGAAGAAUACAAUAAAUUCAAAGAUUUAAUUGAGCGAAUUUUGGUAUUUGAUCCAAAAACUCGAAUUACUCCACAAAAUGCUUUAAAGCAUUGUUUUCUUAAUCGAGUGAAUGAGAACAACUCAAGCAAUAACAAUAAAAAUCAGUCAGUGACAAAUAAUCAGGUCGUCCUUAGUCCAUUGUUUCAGUUGUUGAUUUCAUUGCUAGUCUGUUUUUCAGGGAUGGGACUUACAGGCCAACACUUCCCAAAAAUUCAGCUCGAAUCAGAAUUUCUAUCAGUUAGUAUAUAG